AUGGUGCAGGAAUGCAACAGGGAAGAAAAGUCACAGAGAUCCCGCAGGAGGAGGGGCUCCAAACCCAUCUCAGAGUACUCAGAGGAGGAAAGACCCACGCAGUGCCAGGAAGGUGGACAGAGCUUCAGCCAGGGCUCUGAGCUGGUGGUGCAUGAGCAGCUUCAUGAUGGGGAGAAGCCCCACAAGAAGGGCUUCAAGAACAACUCCCACCUCGUCACCCACCAGCGCAUCCACACCGGAGAGAGGCCCUGUGAGUGUCCCCAGUGCAGGAAGAGCUUCACCCACAGCUCUCACUUGACCAGGCACCGACAGAGGCACUGGAGUCAAGACUGGGCCCUGACUGAAAACGGCGAAGUUCCCGUGUUUGGACAGGCUCAGGGGCUGCCCCGGGGAGUGCAGGGCUCGUCUCCCUCUCCCCUGCUGGGCCGGGCCAUGCCUCGGGCCCACCCCCGGCCCCGGGCGGGGCUGCCCCGUCCCUGCCCCCGGGCGUCCCGCCGCGGUCUCGCCUUCGCCCGGCUCUGGCAGUGCUGGCGAUGGCGCUGGUGGGCGGGCAUCAGUGCCUGGGGCUGGGGCAGCAUUGCUGGCCUUUGGCUGCGCCUGUGCCGACCCCAGCCCCGGCCCCGGCCCCGGCCCCGGCCCCGGCCCCGGCCCCGGCCCCGGCCCCGGCCCCGGCACCGGCACCGGCCCCGGCCCCGGCCCCGGCUCGUCCCUGGGCCCGCAGAGGACACAGGCGGUGCGGCCGCUCCCGCUGCCUCCACUGUGGCUUCCCCAGCCCAAGCUCCUCCGCUUGGCAGCGCGGCCGCUGGCCCUGAGCCGCUGCUGUCCCGUUGCCAGGAGCAAAUGCCUGGGGAUGCCCAGCCCGGGCCGCUCGAGGGGCGCUCGGGGGCCGUUCCUGGCCCCGGGCCGAGCGCUGACAGCCGCGUCUCGCCGGCAGGGAAGGCGCAGCAGGCCCUCCAGGAGCAGCACCGCCUGGGUUCGCUGCUGGGCCACGGCGGCUUCGGCAGCGUCUGGGCGGCCACACGGCUCUCAGACCGUGCCCCGGUGGCCAUCAAAAGGGUGCCACGGAACCGUGUCCGGCAUUGGGGUGAGCUGCCCAACGGCACCAGCGCACCACUGGAGAUCGUGCUGCUGCACAAGGUCUCCACUGGCUUCCCUGGUGUCGUCCAGCUGCUGGAGUGGCUGGAGCUCCCCAAAGACAUCAUUAUCAUCAUGGAGCGCCCGGAGCGUUCUCAGGACCUCCAGCACUUCAUUCGGGCACGGCGGUUCCUGUGCGAGGAGGUGGCGCGGGAGCUGUUCCGCCAGGUGCUGGAGGCCGUGCGGCACUGCACCAGCUGCGGGGUCCUGCACCGCGACCUCAAGCCAGAGAACAUCCUGCUUGACCUGGCCACCGGGCAGGCCAAAUUGAUCGAUUUUGGCUGUGGCACCUACCUACAAGACACAGCCUAUACUCACUUUGCAGGAACACCGUCAUACAGUCCCCCGGAAUGGAACCAGUUUGGCUGGUACUAUGGACAGCCAGCUACCGUCUGGUCCCUGGGCAUCCUGCUGCACCAGAUGGUGUGUGGGGAGCACCCUUUCAGGAGGGGCCACAAGAUCAGCUGGGACCAUCAGCUCUCGCUGCCACCACGGCUCUCUCAAGAGUGCCAAGAUGUAAUCCGGCGGUGUUUAUCCAUGCUGGAUGUGGACCGGCCUUCAGUAGAAGACCUGUUCAGUCAUCCCUGGAUGUAG